AUGUCGGAAGCGCAGGCGUCAGUAGGCGCAGAACUUCGUGCCGAUGAUGGAAGUCUGCAUUCGGACGCCACGUCUUCCCACGUAAAUUCAUCCCCUUCAAAGCUGCUUCACAUCGGCAGUGCUGAAGGCGGAAUUCUUCAUGCCAGUGAGCUUUUAAAUGAUUACCACGCACUCCGGAUCGGUCUCGAACAAUUGCGUGAGGAAGUCGUUGAGCACAUGGUUACGCGCAACCAGGAAGCAAAUGAAUUGAACAGCAUGAUAUGGGAAGAUAGAGCUCAAAUUAACAGACACGAAGAGCAGUUGAACGAAGUCAUAGACUUCCAUCAAAAGUCAGUAGCAAACGUUGAAACGACCAUGACGACAAUGGAGGAGAGAUUGUUGUACCAAAUGAAUGAACGAUUUCGGGAUUUACAAGAGCUCAUGGAAGCAUGCUCAAAUCGGGUGACGAGAUUGGAGCAUCAGUUGGCUCAGCAUGCCCAGGUUGUUUCUUUUGACAACAUCCAAAACCGACGUUUUCGAGCCGUUAUUGUUCGACUGGUGAACUUUGGCCUUGGUAUCCUGCAACUCGUACUUUUCACUGCGACAAUCGUAUCGGACAUCGUUUCCCCGUUUAUUAGAACCAGAUAUCAUCUGAUAGUUACCCUGGUGGGCAUCCUGUUCGCCGUUUUCGGGAUGAACAAAUGGUCUCAAUGGACCGACGCGGUGCUAAAAAUUGUGCGGAGAACCCGUACCACAGUACCUGUUAGCAACGCCUCGUCACCACCGUUGCCGGGUUUUUGCGCUGCAAUCCGUGCUGCAGACGUGCUUCAAGCCCGUUGCCCCAUUUCUGAAGAAACAAAGCACACUUUGAGCUCCGUCGCCAGCGCCUCGUCCACUGCACUGGUUGUGGGUCUGUGUUGCGCCCUUGUGGCCCUGGCGACUGUGGGCACUCGCAGUGCAAGGCUGACGAUUGCUGUGGCAGUUGUGGUGAUUGCGAUGAGCGUCGUGCUUCCCUUGUGA